GAGAGAGAGAGAGAGAGAGAGAGAGAGAGAGAGAGAGAGAGAGAGAUGGCCGGAGGAGACAACGAGAAGGGAAGAGUGUGUGUAACCGGAGGAACCGGUUACGUAGGAUCAUGGAUAGUAAAGAAGCUUCUCGAAGAUGGUAUUUAUUCCAUCAACACUACCACUAGAACUAAUCCAGAAGGCAAAAGGGACGUCAGCUUCCUGACAAACCUCCCCGGCGCGUCGGAGAGGUUACAGAUCUUCAGCGCCGAUCUCGACAGGCCGGAAACCUUCGCCGCCGCCAUCGAAGGCUGCGUCGGGGUCUUCCACGUGGCACACCCUCUGGAUUUCGAGGAGAGAGAAACCGAAGAGGUCAAAACCAAAAGGGUCGUCGCCGGAUUAAAAGGCAUCCUACAGAUCUGCGCUCGAUCGGAAACCGUGCGGCGGGUUGUGUACACUUCCAGCAUUUCGGCCGCCGCUUUCAGCUACCCCGCCGCCGGACACAUAGACGAGGACACGUGGACCGAUGUUGACUUUGUCCGAAGCUCUCGCGCGUUUGGUGGGGCCUACUUCAUCACCAAGACAUUAGCCGAGAGAGCCGCCGUUGACUUUGCUGCUGAACUUGGACUGGAUCUUGUUUCCGUUAAUCCGACGUGGACUACCGGCCCCUUCAUUUGUUCUCACUUACCUUAUUCUGUCUACGUAGCCAUGUCCUUGAUUUUCGGUGAUGAUGGACACUACAAGCACCUUAAGGAGGCAAGCUUAGUUCACAUAGAUGACGUGGCAAGAGCACAUAUACAUCUAAUGGAAUAUCCAGGGGCAAAAGGGAGAUACAUUUGUUCUGCUGUUGAGUUUACUAUUGCUGAGUUGUCUGAGUUCAUCUCUGCUAGAUAUCCUGAGUACAAGGACAAAAUGCCUAAUGAAGAGUGAGUUUCUUAAUUGAAA